CUCUUGUCAAUACUAACUCUUGUGAUGUAGGUCGUGACUUAUCACAUUACAACCCCCCUAUUUGUACUUCCACAUUUGUUCCGGUCGCAGAAGUACUAAUAUCCUCGUACUUUUGAAGUACGUAACUGAGAAGACAUUUCCUGUCGAUAUUUUGACUUUCCACCUAUCUUAACGAGCCGUACGCGAAAAACAGCUACGCCACAAAAAAUAACAAAAUGGAUCUCUUUCCUACGACAAAGCUGGCGCGGAUGACCGCGCAGAACAAGGGCGCGGUUGUUACUGCCCUGGCACUCUGGGCCUUCCUACUCAACAGCAUCACGACCGGGUUGUUCAUGCUCGAUAAAAAUGCGCACGAGUGGGGAGCGAACUUGUGUCUGGUUGCUGCAAAAAAAAUGCAGGUGGACACUGAUAGCGAUGAUGAUGUUGAAGAGAUAGUCCGUAGUCCAGGCGGAGGCGCUGCAGCGGACUCUUCGAUGCGGGGAACAACUGGUGCGCCGAUGAUUUUCUUUCCGACUGCCGGCGACGCAAGCAAAUCGGAAGAGCACCGCCGUGAGGAACGGGAGACGAACAAUCGCAACAAGGCGUGGUGUAUGAACUGCAAAAGUAUCGCACCUCAGCAUGAGAAAUGAAAUUUGUAAUGCGGAUUUACCUUAACAAAACGAUUUGUAGUGCAUGACUGCAAUACGAGUACGAUAAUUUUGCACAGGAUAUCGUGGGAGCAGGACGACUCCGAUCCCCUGAUCCAAGAAGUUUUAUCAGAUGCAAAUAUGUCUGGUUCUGGGAGCUUGCGAGAUUUGUCAUGCGGAGUGCGCAACUCUGAACCACGGAAAAACUUGUCAUCCUGGGGAACGCAUUACAGUGUGCUCAAUAUAAUUCCCUUCGUUGCGUCACAAGUUGUUUCCAGGCCCAGACACAUUGGCAACGCAUAAGUUGACGCGGACGAGGAUGUUUUCUCGAAUACGGGCGGCCACUCGAGGACGUCCUAUUAUGUCGACGAGGAAGCCGAAGAGGAUGAUGACGACCCGUUUGCCGGUAUCAAGUGGGGCGCGGAUAUCAUAUGUAAAAACGUCCCCACCCCAGAGUCAAGUUUGGAACUUGGCAUCACAAAUCCAGAAGUCUUGGGAGCCACGCAUGACAAGUUACACUUCGUAGCGUAGUGCAUGUUAGCAAGGGCAACAGCAUCACAAAUCCAUCUGCUUAUCCUGUUUACAGCAUCACAAAUUCCAGAACACGAUUGGAUAUGCCUCUCAUGGGGUUGCGCAUUACAAAUCUUCCUGUGACUGCAAAUCUGCAUGACAACUAUGGGUUGGGGACGUUUUUAUGCAGGAUAGCGGAUGAUGAGUCCUCAGAUGAGGAGGAGGAUCCUAUACAGCAAAGCCGCCGUCCGAUGUCACCGAAACAGGCCCCGAGCAGCAAACCGGCAUCUUCAUCUUCACCCUCGAACGUAGCUGGCUCCAGUGCAGCGACUCCGCAGGGCCCGAGCAGAGCUCCGGAAGUCGUUCUCCCGGAAAAUGUCGUCGUUGAAAGGGUAGAACCGAGCCAAUUCGAAAACGGCCCGCCGACCAUGCACGUAACCUUGCGAUCGAUUUCGGGCACCUGUGACUACCAUGAACAGCUGGCUAAUCAGGAGAUGAAUCUGGACAUGGGGCAAAUGACUCAGCCGAACGCAAUGGACAACAUUCUUCCCGCUUCCGGUGGCGCGGACUCCUCUGCGUCCUCUGCCGACAACAUGGUGCUUUGCGAUGCGGUCACCAACCAGAAGAUUCACAAGCUAAAGAUCGAGAUUCCGAUUGAUGACGAGAAGUUGGGUGACGGCCUGCUCAACGAGGACGACGCUAGCACGCACGACGGCGGCGAUGGUGAUUCGCACAAAGAUAUCAAAAGGGAAACUCUCCCCUCCCCAUGUCGAAAUGGAAAUCUGUGAUGCGGGAUUUGUGUACACAAAUCGGCUUUGUCUUGCAGUAGAAGACUGCAGGCAGAUACAGAGCCAGAGUAGCGGCGUUUUGAUGUAGGCGCCUCGCAAGGCAGGCAUAUCCUCCAUACAGGCCACGCAGCAUGACAAAUUUCCUGCGGGACGCGGCGGGGUUUUUGGAUUUGCCUUCUUGCAAUACAGAGACCAUUUGUCGUCUCAAAUCAGCAUCACAAAUUUUCAGAAGUAUCCCGCUUUGGUAUGGGGAGGGGGGAUUUUUCCUCGCAAUAAAAGACACGGACAGCAGCUUUUCGGAUCAUGGAGACGACAAGGCGGACGCGGACGACGCGGGCCAGCCGGUAUCGCAAGAAAAAAGUGUUACAGUUACACAUUGUGUUGCAGGCCAAGCAAGACAGACAAGCUCUGUCAUGCCGGAUAUGCAUAGGAGCCUCUUUUCAUGGGUGGUUUCCCGUAGGAUUUCUGCAUUACAAGUUUUCUCUCUCAUGCAGAGAAAUUUGUGUUGCUGAAUUCACUACAAAUGUGUAACUGUAACACUUUUUUCCUGUGAUAGCCGGAGGAAGACGCCUACUACACCUCUGACACAGACGAGGAAGAAACCGCGCGGAGUAUGCGAAACCAGGUGGUGUAUCUGUACCAGAUGAAGAAGAAGGCGUCUGUUCCUGACCAGGCAAGUGGUGACCACUUAGCGUACACCGAGUUCCGGAAAUUUGCCGUGAAGGACAAGUCGCAAGUGCACAAGACGGACAUUGUCGGCGCUUUCCAGAGUUGCGCGGCAACCGCCGGGUCGACCCCACGCAGGCAGAUUACCAAAUGCAAAUAUGUCUGGGUCUGGACCAGGAUACAGCGUUUGUCAUGCUUGUCUGGCAUGACUGAAGAGUUUGUGAUGCGUGUCCGCAAAAUAAACGCAGGUUGUGAUGCGGAAAACGCAAGGCCAAGCCGUGCAAAUACUUAUUUCUCAUGCUUGGCUGUGCAUUGCAGAGCAUUAUCUAUUCACGACUAUGCAUUGCAAGUUUCCAGACCCAGACCUAUUUGCAAUCCAUACAGACCUUUUUGAUGCUGAUGAACCCGAUGUUGAAUUGGAAUCACGUUUCCGGGUAUGACAUUGCACAAUUCCCCCUCAUUUGUCAUGCGUAAUACCAAUUCCACGCCUUGUUCUUAUUUGGCACCAAAUGCAUGACAAGUUCAAGUUCUCGUUGCCCCAGCAACCGCACUACAGUCCGUACGUGAAAGAUUUCUCAUGCGGCAGCCACAUUUGUGCCAUUGCUUGUGAAAUGCAAAUGCGGGUUAUGCUAUCCAAAUGAGGGGAAGGGAAAGUUGUGUACUCUCAUACCGGGUACCGGAAAAAGCAGCUGAUGAAAGAUUUGAACGGCAACAGUGAAAGGAACAAGCCUCCUAUCCAAGAAAAAAACAUUGUAGGUGUAACUUUUUUGGAGGAACCGCAUUACAAAUUUUUCUGGCAUGACAGCAAAAACCUGUCAUGCGCAGAUAGUACGCGAAAACGCCCUUUAAUGGACCCUAAGAUGCAUGCCAAGCAUGACAGACGCAAUCAUCUUGCAUGUUGCGCAUCACAAAUUUAGACUAACAACGUUUUUUUCUUGGAGACCUCCUACCCUCGGGCUCUCGACGGUGCUAGCGUUUGCGCAGUCGGGAAAGCUGAACACGUAUCCCGAGAAAAAACUGUUACAGUUACACACUCUGAUGGAAGACAAGCAAGACAGACAACCUCUGUCAUGCAGGAAAUAAUGCAUGCCAGCCUCAUUUCAUUUGUGUUUUCCCUUAGAGUCUGCACAUCACAGGUUUUCGUUGCCAUGUCGAGCAACUUUGUAAUGCAGAAACUCCAAGAACAAAUGUGUAACAAACUGUAACACUUUUUUCCUGCGAUAAUACGCCCGAGGACUUCGAACUGCAGACGAGUUUGGAAGGCAAGCUGCAGUGGACCGAAAUUUUCCUCGAGCACGACUCUGUCGCAGAGAUUUUCUAUGAAAACGCCCACGGCGGACGGGCCGACGGCACCGUCUUCAAAAUCGAGGCCUGGGACUACCAACUGAAAAAACCGGACCCGGCAGCUCUGGCGCAGGGUGGGAUAUGAACUGCAAAUAUGUCUGGGUCUGGAAGACUGCAAGUUUCUCAUGCUUGUCUGGCAUGACUCAUAAAUCUGUAAUGCAUGAGCAGGAAGAUGGCGUCUUGCCUGUCAUGCAAAAACGCAGUUUGCCAUGCGGAAAACGAAAUACAGUAGUAGUUGAAAAAUUUGUCAUGCUUGGCUGCGUAUUGCAGUCCAGCCACCAGUCACAUUUUAGCAUCACAAGCUUCCAGAGGACCCAGACAUAUUUGCAUUUGAUAUAGGAGUGGCGGCUGCGACGAGGAGGAAAUGGACGACGAAGACGCUAACAUGAACGAGCAAGAACAGCUAUCAAAAUGAAAAAUCCCCCUUCCCCAUAUCAAAAUGGAAACUCCUGAUGCUGAUUCGCGUACACAAAUCCAACUUGUCUUGCGGUAAGGCACUGCGGCCAUAUCCGCAGCCUAGGUGGGAGCGCUCAGGUCUAGUUGUUUAGCAUUGCAAACGGCUACCCUCUAGGACCAACAGCAUGCCAAAUCGCUUCCACAAUUGGGCGGAUGCCUCUGCACUUGUCUUCUUGCAAGACGAACCUGAUUUGUGGUCACAAAUCAGCAACACAAAUUUUCGGACACAUACCUUUUCAAUAUGGGGAGAGGGGAUUUUUGCUCGCAAGAACAGCAGGAGAACAGGUUUCUCGCGGCUUCUCGUGGUGGCCCUACCUGCUCUAAUUUGAGCAAGCGGCGGUCCGUCUUUGACGAAGAGUUUGAGAACGACGAGCAGGAUGAUAAUAAGAGGAAAAACGUCCGCACCCCAGAGUUGUCAUUCAUAAAAUCUGCAUGUCAAAAAAGAUUCUCAUGCGGAGCCCCAUCAAAAGAAGCGUUUUCUAGUUGUGCUCUGGGAUUUGUGAUUUUAUAAUCAGCGUGAUAUGCUAGGUCUGUGAUGCUGCGGCACUAGCUAAACAGGAUUACACUACGAGGACAAACUUGUCAUGCGAAACAACCGAAGCUGGUUGAUUUGUCUGGCAGAUUUCCCAUCUUGACUCUGGUGUGGGGACGUUUUUCCCUACGAUAGAUGAGCCGAUGGACGCUGCGGCGCCGCCGCCCCCGCCGCGCCUGCACCGCCAGCAGCGCACCUGGUACUUCCAGGCCGGCAGCCACGCGGAAGCGCAGGCCUGGGUCACCACUUUGCAGCAGCGCAUUUUCCAGGCCAAGAUCACGAUGAAUGAAAAGAAAGAGUUGAUUGACAUCGCGGCGGGCUUUGGGAGCGGAAAGAACCCGCUCAGGACCUACUUUUCCCAGCUGCUGCAGGACAACUUGAUUGAGAAUCUAUGAACUGCAAAAGUAUCGUACUAGUAGUAAUUGCAAUACAAAUUAGCUCAGCAUGACAAAUGGAAUUUGUCAUGCUGUUUUGCAUUGGGAUGCAGAUUUGUAAUGCAUAACUGCGAUUACUACGAGUACGAUACUUUUGCACAGGAUAGAAUCCCGUGUUCCACAAUCAGAAAUUGACAUCUCUCGAGUCUAACGCCUACAUGAGACAGAUCCCAGCCAAGUUGAAGAGCGCCAUUCCCGGAAAUUUCCUCGGAGAGUGGUACUGGCUAAACGACUAUGCAUUGCAAAUAUGUCUGGGUCUGGAAAUCGAUCGAACUUGUAAUGCUAGUCCGACAUCAUUCGUGUAAAAUCUGUAUUGCAUGACAGCUUAACAAAACGACGCCUCCUUUUGUCAUGCAAAAGCGCAGUUUCUCAUGCGGACUGCGAAUGAGAAAGUCGAUUCCGCAAACUUGUCAUGCUUGGCUGCGCAACUGGGAAGUAUUUCAGUCAUGCACAUUUCAGCAUCACAAGUUUAUUCCUGACAAAUCCAGGGAUAUUUGCAGUUGAUAAAGACUCCCCCGGGAUCCGCGGCGAGGUUUUCCCGCGCCUGGAUAUCCCACAGAAAAAAGCUGGCAGGGCAUAUUUGUAAUGCAAAAAUAAACACACAGAGAGAUCUGUGGUCAUGGGCGGCCUCAUAGCAUGCUAUUUAGGAACGCAAUACCAAUUUUUUUGUCUAUUUAUUUUUGCACUACAAAUAUGACCUGCCAGUUUUUUUCUGGGUGAUACUGGAGACCCCGGACGCAGGGGGGAAGAUCGAUGGCACCAAUUAUGCUCUGCAAAAGUAUCGUACUCGUAGUAAUUUUUGCUAUUAUGCACCAUGACAAAUCUCCUUACUAAGGUGCAACAGCAUUACAGAUUUCAUUUGUAAAAAUGCUAAGCCAAUUUGUGAUGCAAUUCCUACUAGUACGAUGCUUUUGCAGUUCAUACCGAUCCGCACAAGUACAUGUUAGAUAUCUUCGCUCGGGUGGACAUCGACGAGGGAGCGUACGACUAUCUGCCGCCUAUCCCAGAAAAGACAGCAGGCAGGGCAAAUUUGUAAUGCAAAAAUAAAUACACAGAAAACUCUGUCAUGGGGGGCCCCGACGUGACAUGCUGUUUAGGAUAUGGAGUUACAGAUUUUUUUGUGUAUUUAUUUUUGCAUUACAAAUGUGACCUCCCUGCUUGUUUCCGUGUGAUACCGCCCGAGGAAUACCAAAGCAAGACGCUUCCGCAGGGGAAAAAGCCUUUACCGAAGCCGACUAUCAACUGCAAAAAUGUCUGGGUCUGGAAACUUGUAAUGCUGCGUUGGGAACAGUGAAUGCUCUGUAAUGCACAGGCAAGCAUGAGAGAUAUCGGCGCUCCUUUGUGUGGCGUUUUUCGCAUGACAAACUGCGUCUUUGCAUGACAGGCAAAAGGGUCUCUUCUUGGACACGCAUCACAAGCUUUUUGGUCAUGUCAGACAAGCAUGACAAAUCUCGCAAUCUUCCAGACCCAGACACUUUUGCAUUUGAUACCGACCCUGGUGCAGCGAAUCCUUUUGGAGCCGGAUACGGAGUAUGAACUGCAAAAGUACUGUACUCGUAUAAAUGCAUUACAAAUUUUCUCAGCAUGAGAAAUGAAAUUUGUCAUGCUGAUUUACCUUAAGAAAAAUAUCUGUAAUGCAAGACUUGCACUUAUACGAAUACGAUACUUUUGCACAGGAUACGGAGUUCCGACAGAUCAAGGAUCCGCUACAGAGCGGAGCGGCGCUCACACGCGACUUGCAGUUCACGGUCACUGGUGACAAGAAAACGGGGACGACCAUCGUCGACCCGGCGUCGGGACUCGAAAUUGAAAAAGAGCACGGACAAAUCUUAGAGAUCGCGUUCUGGCACUACCCGGAUCUGCACGUUUCCAGUGACGACGUGACGCAGAUGCGAGAGGCUUUGCGAUCGCAGAUGAACGCGGACGACGGCACUCGUCUUGUCGCGAAUUUUUUCAAGGCCCGACGGGUGCGGCGCAAGCUGCACUUCGUGAUGCCCAACAAGCUAUGGAUUGCAAAAAUGUCUGGGUCUGGAAGAUUGCUGAGGUUUGUGAUGCUGUGUCUGCUUGACACAGAAGGUGUGCCAUGCAAGGCCUAGCAUCACAGGCUUUGAGACGGUUUCCCUAUGCUUAAUCCGCAUGAGAAACACCUUCAUUCGGCGACAGGAAAAGGAGCUCCCUUUGCUGUCUAAGCACGACAGAUUUUUGUGUGAUCCAAGUACGCAUCACAAGUUUGCAUCCUUCCAGACCCAGACAUAUUUGCAUUUGAUACAAGCAGCUGGCCUAUUGGUGGCGUGUGGAGCUGGAAAAUCGCCGGAGGGUUUUGUACGAAAAAACCGGCGUAUUCCGAGGAAAAAUAUCCCCUCCCCACAUCGAAAAGGAAAUUUGUGAAGCUGAUUUGUGACCACAAAUCAGCUUUGUGUUGCGUACAAGGCAAACGGCACCCAUGUGGCGCAUUGUACAGCGAGUCUGUCAUGCGUUUUCGCCUAUGGCAGGCUUGUUUCUCAUGCUCAGCUGCUAGUCGGAUGCGUAGUACUUACACACAUGGGCUUAGAAUAUACCUAAAAGCUCUUGCUGCAAUACACAGUUCAUAUGUGUACACAAAUCCAGCAACACAAAUUGUCUUUUGAGUAUGAGGUGGGGGAUUUUUCCACUCUGAUACGGCGACGCCUUUGACCAGCCGAGCGUCACGACGGGCGAUUUUGACACGAAAGUCGCGCCAGCGCUCCUGAAUUUUGCGGAGGUGCCGAUUGACCAAAUGCCGCAGGACACGGUAGAGCUGCGGAAUGUGCCGGAGAGCGCGCGGCAACGGCGGCUGGACCCCUGGGUCGAGGACCACGUGAGGUUCGAUCUGGAGAAGGAAAAGCGACACUUGCGCGCCGUCCGCGUGUUGUUUGAUGACGACUUUGACGAGGCGGCGCAGAGCAACUUCGACGCAAAGCCAGUCGAGUCCAUGAUGGAAGACGAGCAGGAGGACGAGGACAAUCUUUUGAAACAACAGCUGGCCGCCAAGCAAGAGCUGCUUGACUACUACCGUGCCACGCACAAGUAUCCCAGGAAAAAAGUGUUACAUUUACACAUUUGUAGUCAAUUCAGCAACACAAAUUUCUCUGCAUGAGAAAGAAAACUCGUAAUACAGAAAUCCUACGGGAAAACACCAAUGACCCUAAACGAGGCUUCUAUGCGUAUCCGGCAUGACAGAGCUGGUCUGUCUUGCUUGGGCUGCAACACAAUGUGUAACUGUAACACUUUUUUCUUGCGAUAACAAGUUCCGCGUGACGGAGGCCCACUGGACAGACGUGUACGCGAAACUAUCAACUGCAAAUAUGUCUGGUUCCGGAAGGAUCCAAUUUUGUGAUGCUGUCUUUGGAUUCUAAAAAAAUCUGUAUUGCAUGACCAGCAAAAGGAGUCCAGUUUGUGCUGCGUGGAGAGAGCAACAUUUCUCAUGCGGAAUAGGCAUCAGGGAGCCCUCUAAAUAAAAUCUGUGAAGAUGCUAGGGGAUGCGUUACAGGCUUCGUGGGUGAUGCAGAUUGCAGAUCACAAUACAGGGCCACCCUCGUUUUCACCUCCAGGGGGGGCGCGGGGACCUCGCUUGCCAUCUAGUUUGGUCUCGCGAAAGUUCCAGCCCAUGGGCUCACGCACAUCCGAGAUCGGGGGGGUGGGAGGGGGUCUCCAAGCCAGAAAAAAAACCCUCCCGAGCGGAAAUAGGGAAUUGAAGGUGCAGAAUAUGCAUUACAAACCUGGCAGUCUUGCUCCAGACCCAGACAUAUUUGCAGUGCAUACAAACAGGAGCGGUACGACAUCUCUGCCACGCAACUGGCAGCUUCGGGGCAGUAUCCUGUGCAAAAGUAUCGUACUCGUAUUGCAAUCAUGCAUUACAAAUUUUUAUCUUAAGGCAAAUCCGCAUUACAAAUUUUAUCUCUCAUGCUGAGGAAAUUUGUAAUGCAUUUAUACGAGUGCGAUACUUUUGCAGUUCAUAGGCAGUCCGUGGCGCUGAUGUUCCCCCCGCACGAGCCCCGGAUCCACUAUUUCACGAAGAAAUUCGAGAACAAGGCGUACGCGAUAGGGUACAACUACGACAAUUACGAUCCGAGCUCGGGCUUCUACACCGCGUCGACCUUGGCGAACGGCAACAUUCAGUUCAGCUACCCGGAAAAACAGCCGGUGUGGCACACGGGCGUGCUGGAACUCAAAUUUCACAGCAGCGGCGAUGACUCUACUUCCUCCGAGCUGAACGACAAGCUCCAUCAGUUGACCCAGGAGGCCGCCAACCACGAGAUCCUGGGAAACAGAAUCGCUGCAGCUCCAGAGGCGGCGCCGCGUCCGGCAGGUUGGGGACUCAGAAGCAUGUUCGGCGGCGGCGGGGGUAGCGGCGCCGCUGCAGGAACGAAGCGCAGUGCGUCCCGCUCGCUGUCCCCGACGGCCACCUCCCCGGCGACGAGGCCCCGCGGGGACCACCCGACAGUACACAACGCGAAAAUUGUCGGGAACCAACUGGUGGUCAAGUUGCUAAAAAGGCACGACGUGAACGAUCAAAGCAAGGAGGAGCUGCGGAUCUUCCUGGAAAAGGACACGAAAAUCGAUAUCCUGAGCAAAAUCGUCCCCACCCCAGAGUCAAGAUGGGAAAGCUGCUACACAAAUCAGCCAGCUUUGGUUGUUGCGCAUGACAAGCUUUGCCUCGCAGUGUAAUGCUGUUUAGUGAGUGCAGCAGCAUCACAGAUCUAGCACAUCAUGCCUAUUGGAGCAUGACAAAUUCCGAAACACGACUAGAAAAUGCUUGUCAUGGGGCUGCGCAUGGGAAACAUUUUCAGCAUGCAGAUUUGCAUGACAACCAUGGGAUGGGGACGCUUUUACUCAGGAUAAUCGAGACCCGCGCCUUUGCCGACGGUGUCAGCGUGGAGGAGCAAAAACGAAGACAAGCGCUGAUGGAUGCCAACGACUACCGGUCGGGCAAUUUUUGCGUGCUGCGCAUCGAAACGUGGGACUACAGUGCGAAGCAGGUCUUCCAGGACGCCGAUAGAGAGAUGAAGAAACUGACAAUUCCAGAAGGUGUCGACUACAAGGCGCAAAAGCAGUUCCAGAUUCCCGCCCAGGGCAUGCUAUUCGCGGAGAAUGUGAACGCCGCCGCGCAGUACCAGCGCGUCGACACCGUGAUCCAGAUGAAGCAAAAGGCCACCUACGAUUUCGAGGCGAUGGAUUGUCGUGAGGCGCGCGUGUGGAAGAUGCACCUGACGGCGAGGAAGAGCUUGGACGCGCUGAUCUUCAAUGAGGACGUUCUAAUCGGGACUAGCGACGACCGCAUGGGGGACCACGAACCGACCACGGCCAAAACCGUGGGCGGGCGCCUCGCGAUAUCAAGAAGAAAAAUCCCCCCUUGUUCCCAUAUCAAAACAGAAAUCUGUGAUGCAGAUUUGUGGUCACAAGUCAGCUUUUUCAUGCCAGAAGGCAAAAGAUGCGGGCGGUCGUGCUGGCUGGCGUGGGAAACAAGCCUUGCAUCUUCAGCAUGACAGGAGGCAACUGGAAGUGGGAAACAGCAUGACAAAUUGCCUGCGAUUCAGGCCAGAGCUGCGUCUCUUGGCCUUAUAGCAAUACAAGUCGACUUGUGUAGUCAAAUACAGCAUCGCAAGUUUCGUUUUCGAUAUGGGGAGGGGGCAUUUUUCGUUUUGAUACGCGACCGCGAGAAGUCAGCAGUUGGCGCGGUCCGUCAUCACCACGGCGUUUAUGUAAUGCAAAUAUGUCUCGGUCGGGAAGAAUGCAGGAGUUUGUCAUGCAGAUUUUGCACGAUCCACAAGGUCUGUAAUGCAUGCCCUAGCAUCAGAGAUUCUGCGAGGGCUUUCUGAUGCUCAUACCGCAUGAGAAACGCCCUUCCUGAUAGCAAAAAUUGAACCUCUUUUGCUGCUCAUGCAAUACAGAUUUUAUGGAGAAUCCGAAGGUAGCAUCACAAGUUGCAUCCUUCCAGACCCAGACAUAUAUUUGCACUGGAUAGCAUUCCAAAUCAAGCAGAAAGAGAUCCAGAAGCGGAAAGAGGACGCGAUGCGCUCCAAAACGCUGCGGGGAAAAAUUCGAAACUUCUUCUCAAGCCUGAAGCAGGGCGCGAAACGGCUGGUCCGGUCCGCGAUUAACAGUGUGAAGCGCAUGGGCAGUAUCGCAAGAAAAAAGUGUUACAGUUACACAUUGUGUUGCAGGCCAAGCAAAACAGACAAUCUCUGUCAUGCCGGAUAUGCAUAGGAGCCUCGUUUCAUAGGUGUUUUCUCGUAGGAUUUCUGCAUUACAAGUUUUCUCCCUCAUCCAGAGAAAUUUGUGUUGCUGAAUUGACGUACAAAUGUGUAACUGUAACACUUUUUUCGUGGGAUAGGCAGCUACUGGAAGGCGUACUGGAAUGAGCAAGGCGAGGAGUCGGUGCACAGCUACGUGUCGAACCUGAUGGAGGAAGAAGAGGCAGGCGGCACGAAAGACAUAUCAAAUGUAUAUAAAGGUCUGGGUCUGGAAGAAUGAAACUUGUCAUGCGAAAUCUGAAGCAUGCAAAAAUCUGUGUUGCAUGAUUACCAAAAGUCGCCCAGUUUUGACCAAGUCGGGAGGGAGUUUCUCAUGCAGGAUAGGCAUGAGAGAGUUCGCACAGAAUCUGUCAUGCUAGAUCCUCCAUUCCAGACCUCAUGGGUCAUGGAAAAGCUGCAUGACAAGCCGCGCAAUCUUCCAGACCCAGACAUUUUUGCAUUUGAUAAAACAUGACCUUUGACAAUGUGGGUAAUUUGAUGAAAGAGGUGCUGCCCGAUCAAGAGAUGACAAAAGUGCAGAAAGAAGAAUAUGAAAAAAAGCUUGCCAGCAUCCGGGCCUUCACCAACGGCGCGAAAGGCUUGUACGGCCUCGGCAAGGAGACGGUGGACAUGGUGUACACAGAUUUGAAGGAGUAUGGGAUUCUCAAACGUUACAUAAUUCUCGACCGUUUUACGUGAAUUUGUCAUGCGAAACUAGCAUCAUUAUCGACACGAUCAAGCCGCUUCGCAUGACAAAUUUACGAUAAAGGGCUCUCCUUCUGUGCGGAAUUUGUUAUGCUACAGGUGCAGCCUCCCCCCUUUCGCUUUUGUUAUUCUUGCAUUACAAGUUAUUCAUGUAGCAGUUCAGAAUGUAACCGUUGAGAAUGCCAUAGGGAGCAGAAGGCGAGAAACCCGGGUGUGGAGCCGACGAUCGAUUGGCAAAAGUUCAACCCGAUGGACAAGGAAAGCUUGAAAAAGGUGGAGCGUGGGGUCCAGAUGGCGGACCUCCUGAAAAAAAACGUGCAUACCCUGGAGCAGCUAGACAUGAAUGACAAGAAAAAUCUGCUCUCCGUAUUGACGAUUGGAACGAUCAAAAAUGCCGUGAAAGCAGUCCACACCGCCGCGUGCAAAACCUAUUGUGCUUUCACGGGAAAGGAGUUUGUCCCAUAUCAACUGCAAAAGUGUCCGAUACUGGAAGGAUUUAACUUCUGAUGCUGUCUUCGGAGUCUAAAAAAAUCUGCGUUGCAUGGCCAGCAAGGGGAGUCGAUUUUGUGCAGUACACGGAGAGGGCAUUUGUCAUGCAGUAUGCGCGUCAGAAAGCCCGCAAGAAGUUUGUGAUGCUAGGGCAUGCAUCACUACAGACAUCAUGGGUGAUGCAAAAUGACAAGUCUUGCACUCUUCCAGAGCACCCCGACAUGUUUGCACUCGAUAUCCCCCACGAUCGUACCAAGGAGGGUGGUGGAGCCAACCCGAGCCUGCGUCCCCGGCCGAAGCGGCGCGCGGGGAAAAAGGCGAAGGGAAGCGCGCGGUCGUUCGACGACCUAUGCAUUGCAAAUGUGGCUGGGUCUGGAAGAAUGCAGGUUUGUCAUGCUUGUCUGGCAUGAUUCUCAAGUCUGUCAUGUACAUUACCCAAGAGCCCCAUUUUUCUGUCAUGCCGAAGCUCACUUUGCCAUGCGGAAAAGCCAAGACUGUAGCACCUCCAAAACUUGUCAUGCUUGCCGGUCAAUUGAGGCGUCGUCGUCUUUCUCAACCAGCAUCACAAGUUUCCAUGCCCGGACAUAUUUGCAAUCCAUACGAUCUGUCGAUCAACGAUUUGAUCAAAGCGCUGGGCAAGACGUAUCAAAUGCAAAUAUUUCUGGGUCUGGAAGGUUGCAACUUGUGAUGCGCAUUCCAGAGCACGCAAAAACCUGUCUUGCACAAACAGCAAAAGCUGUGUAUUUUUGGCAAUGGUGAGAGCGAAUUUCUCAUGCAGGGUAGGCAACGUGAAGCUCUCAAAGAACCUGCGAUGCUGGUCCUGCAUGCCAGACACUCUGGGUCAUGCAAAGCGUGCAUUGCAAACGUCUGCAUUCAUCCAGACCCAGACAUAUUUGCAUUGCAUAAAACCACGGAUGUGGCGAUCUCGGGCGCCCAGGCCGCGGGCGCGAUUUUGCGCACCGGAGACAGCGAAGCGAUAUUCGAGUCAGCGAAAUUUCUGGACACGGCGAUGGCAAAGUGCCGGGACAUUGCGAGCGGCGGACGCGCGGCCUCGGACGACGACGUGCAGGGCGGCUGCGAUUUGGACGACGACAGCACCUGGAAGCGCAACAUGCGGUACGCCGGCGAAGUCUUUGGCUUCACGUUUUUUCUGCAGAAGACCGAGUCCCGGGAAGGUGCCAUGAAUCACCGACCGGUGAAGCGUACCGUGCAGGACUUUUCGAGGGUGUUGAACAGUAUUUCCAAGCUGUACGUGAUCGUGUCCCACUGGCCGCCGUGGAAAACCGAAGAAAGCCGCCAGCUCACCUCCCUGGACGGGAGAAAUCGGCCGCUGGACUCGUCUAAAUACGAGGUCGAUGAGGAAAAUUUUGACCUGGACACCUUGCUCGCCGCCGCGCGGAACGACGACGAAGAACAUUACAAGACGCACCAGGUGGAUUUCAUGAGCUUUCUGUUCAAUUCUAAAACCAACCCCGCGAUAUCGCAUUUGCAAACGUCCCGCCCACCCCAUAAUUGUAAUGCAAAUCUGCAUGCUGAAAAUGUUUCUCAUGCGGAAACCCAUGCAAGGCAUUUUUCUCUAGGCGUGUUUAGGAAUUUGUGAUGCUCCAAUCAGCAUGAUAUUCUAGAUCUCUGAUGCUGCGAAACUACCUCAAAGUCAAACAGCACUACACUACGAGUCCAAGUUUGUCAUUCCAAACAGCCAAAGCUUGUGGAUUUGUCUAGCCGAUUCUCCAUCUUGGCCUAUUAUAGGGUGGGGACGUUUUUACAUAGGAUACGCGAGCUUGUUUCACAAUCUGCAGGAAGAAAUUCCGCACCGCGUCCUGAUCACGCUAGCGCAGCUGGUGGAGACCGUGGUGGAAUUCGAGCAGCUGCGGUCGGACGAAAAUUACCGUGGUUGGUUCAAAAAGAUGGAAAACAAGAUCAAGAAAGGCGCCAGCGCCGUUGGCGGCGGGCUGAAUCGCAUGAAAGAGUGCGUUAUCCAGUGCAAAAAUGUUUGGGGCUGGAAGAGUUCAACUUGUGAUGCUGCAUUUGCAUUCGGAAAAAAUCUGUAUUGCCUGAGCAGCAAAUAAAGGAGUCCAACUUUUGUUACGCGGAGAGGGCAUUUGUCAUGGGGGAUAGGCAACAUCAAGAAGCUCUCACAAAAUCUGUGAUGCUAGGGCAUGCCUCACAGACAUCCCGGCUCAUGCAAAACGUGCAUAAGCAAGUGUUGCAAUCUCCCAGACCCAGACAUAUUUGCAAUGGAUAUGUGUGAAGCGAAAACUCGGGUUUCAACAGAAGAACCAAAGCGGAGCCACCGGCUCACAGAACAACGCCCAGCAAAUAUCCUGAGUAAAAACGUACCCACACUAGAGUCAGGAUGGAGAUUUUGCAACACAAACCUAGGAGUUUUGUGAGUCACGCAUGACAAGUUGCACUCUGCAGUGUAGUGCAGGUUAGCAAGUGCAGCCGCAUCACAGAUUCAUCUGCUCAUCCUGUUCACAGCAUCACAAAUUCCAAAACACGAUUAGAAAUGGCUCUCAUGGGGAUGCGCAUUACAGGUCUUCCUGUCUUUGCAAAUCUGCAUUACAACUCUGGUGUGGGUACGUUUUUACUCAGGAUAGCAAAUUGUUGUGUACGACUCGAAUCGGGUGAAAAACGCUGUCGUCGCUGUCUACAGCAAGGUGAAGGUAUCGCAAGAAAAAACUGUUUCACUGUAAACUUGUAAUGCACAAAAGGCAUCUCACAACUGUUUGUCUUGCCACACAUGCAAGAGAGUGGAUUUUUGGCUGUGUUUUCCAUUAGACACCUUGCAUGGCAAAUUUUCUCCGUCAUGUAGCUAGAGCAAACCUGUGAUGCAAAACCUGCAAAACCCCUUUACAGUGAAACAGUUUUUUCGUACGAUGGAAGGCUGCUGCUGCAAACGUGGGUGGUUUUUUCAAGAAAGCGGCCCACACGCUCGGACUGGCAAAAGGCUGGGACUUUUUGAAAAAACAGUUCUGCGGCUUCAUGGAUUUUGACGCGGUGUUCGAGUUACGCCACCACUUGCAGCGGGUCCUCUAUCCUGAGGAAAAACGUCCCAACCCCAGAGUCAAGAUGGGAAUUUCGCAACACAGAUCCAGAAGUUUUGAGUGUCGCGCAUGACAAAUUUGGGUCGGUAGUGUAGUGGUUUUUGGCUAGUAAUGCCACAUCACAAAUCUAGCGUCUGAUCCUGAUUUGAGCAUGACAAAGUCCCAGACAGAAUGAGGAAAUGCUUCUCAUGGGGCUGCGCAUGAGAAACAUUUUACGCAUGCAGAUUUGCAUGACAACUCUGGGGUGCGGACGUUUUUACACAGGAUUUGCUCAUCAUUUUGUUUUCCUCGCAAAACAUCUUCGCGAACAAAGCCCGGAAGUCGUUGCUGACCAUCCUGAAGGUGUGGGUUGACCCCGACGCAUUUAAUCAAUUGCUGGGCCAAAAAUAUUUGGAGAUGGAGGGCCGUGCUGUGGACCGAGUCGAUUGCUUUGUGAACGCAGAUAUCAAAACGCAAAUCCAGAAGCUCCGCAGUAUCGCCGGGCCUGACCACGAAAAGUAUGGAUUGCAAUAUAUGUCUGGGUCUAGAAGGUGGCAACUUGUCAUGGUAAAUCGGAAGCAUGCAAAAAUCUGUGUUGCAUGAGCGACAAAAGCUGUCCACUUUUGGUGAAGUUGGGAGGUGGGAGUUUCUCAUGCAAGAUAAGCAUGGCAAGUUUUAAAUAAUGUGGCUGAAAUAAUUGCGCCACCCUCAUCGUGAGGAUUUUUUCCUUUUUGGGGGUCACAUAUAAUCCAGGGGUGUAAUGGCAGAAUGAGUGCACUUCUCUCGUCCCCCCUCACAUCACCACCUCGCGGGUAAAAGGGAAGCGCGCCGUCUUUGUCCUCCACCACUGCAGAACUUCUUUGUGACGACGGGGCGACAAACGAUGUGAGGAGCUACACCUAGACUGAUUACCGAGGGCGUCCCGGCGUAGCAGACUCCGGAUCCACCGGGCGCUUCAUUGUUAGGUCCGCGAGCAUGCUGUUCGUCGUUAUCUUUCUUUGCUUUCUCCUUUUGCAGCACCAGCGGGUCAUGGGCGGUCGCAGAGACCCGACCAGGAUCCGCAGACCCCACCGAGCUUGCAACCAACCGGUAACGCCAGGCGAUUGGGUCUUUGUACUGACGCAGAACUGCCAGCGGGCAAACUUUCGGUACUUGGAGGGCGUUGACCAGUCGGCGCCCCUCCAGCAGGUGCAACAGGCGGAGAAGGUCCGCGGUGUGUUCCAGCACAUCGUGGCGAACAAGGCGAAGGUCUCACUCCUGUCCGAUGUAACUUGGAGCGGAGCACGUGGUGCACACUUGAAGCGGUACGAGUUCACCAACGGCCAGCACUACGUUUACGGAGGAGGAAGAGUGGCCAUCGUCUUGCACAAGUCCAUUCUGUUCGCAGCGGAUGGAAAAUCUCUCAUCAAGCCGGUCGUCAAGUUUUUCGGCCCCCGCAUUAUGGCGCUCUUCAUACGCGGGACAUGGUUUGCGGUGGGAUACCAGCCAAGCGACACGGUUGCGGACUUCGCAGAACUGGACCAGUUCUUGCUAUGGCGCGAAAAGCUUUUGUUUGCGACAGGGACCAGCAGCAUCAUCUUCGGCGGCGACUUCAACUCAGCAAUUUCCCAGUUGCCACGGGGCCCAGAGGAUGAAGAAGCAGGAGCUGCGGCGGCGAUCGGCUCGGCCGUGCUGCUGGAACCCCCCGCGAACCCCCGUCCGGGACACAACAACAUGCGGUUUGCAAUCGAUAACAUGUUGUGUAUUCCGGACACCUUUAAGUCCAUCCACAGGCGAGGCACGUGGAGACAUCCGGCAACCGGGCGAUGGUACGAGAUUGACUAUUUCUACACAUCGCGGCAGGUUCAGUUCGGAAACGUGAAGACCAUCCAGCCCAAAUUUCUCACCGACCACCGCGGCAAGCGCAUGGCAGUCAAGUUAGGCCUUUCGCAGAAGGACAAGCGCGAAAUCCGGCACCGAGUAAUGACAAUUACGCCGUCCCCACCAUAUGAAGCGCUCCGGCGCGACGAGACAGCGCAGACGGCUUUUGCAGCGGAGACGGAUGCCAACCUUCGGAAAGAGCAGCAAGACGGAAGCAGUAGCUUGGCCACCAGGUGGGAAACGUUCACGACAGUAGUAGCGAACAGCGCGACGGCGGUAGUUCCGGCAAAUCAGGAGAGGGGUGCGCAGCAGUAUCCCCCUUGGCUGAAUGUCCGGAAAUUCCGCGAGUACAAGAACGAGAAAGAGGACCUACUGUAUUCCCGAUUUUUAGCAGCGGACGCGAACGAGCGGCAGCAGUACAACAGACGGCUGCGCGUGAUCGAGAAGGACUACCGAGCUGCUGAGAAGUUGGAUUUUGAAGAUUACAUCGACCGCAUUGCAGACGAGUGCCAGGCGGAGUAUGGCCAGUGCGGCAGAAUCGACUACGCAAGGUUGCGGCGCACGGGUGUAAUUUUUGAACCAACGGCGGGAGCAAGGGUGAGACAGGCGAUCCCGUUCACCGUAGAGGACGCGAAGAAACACUUCAGCAGGCUGAUGCUGCGACCGGCGGACGUUCCGCAAGGAUUUCAGGAGGCCCUGGAGAGAAACCUGGACCAGCUCCCGGAGUCUGCGGACCCGAUGUGGGGCAUACCCGACGAAGGCGAAGUUGCGCAUUGCGUCAAGCAGAUGAAGGACUGCGCGUUGGGAGUGGACCAGAUCCACAUUGCCCACAUCAAGCACCUCGGCGACGACUCUUGGGAUUUUCUAGUGAAGUUGGUGCAGGAUUGUUUCAGAACGAGAACGAUUCCGGAUGCGGCGCACUUGGUGCGCAUGAAUGCCCUCCACAAGGGGAAGAACCUAAAUCCGCGGCUGUUAGACAACUACCGCGCCAUUGCGGUGGCGACCUUUCUAUCGAAAUUGUGCGAGACCAUUUUGCAGAAGAGGCUCAAGCACUACCUCGAGCGGAUCGGUUUCUACCGGGAGACGGCGACGCAGCGCGGAUUUCGGUCAGAUUGCUCGACGGCGGACUUGGUGAUGAUGUUGCAGUUCAUAGCGGACCAGACGAGGACAGUCGUGCGGGAGUCGAUCUUGGACGAGUUAGUACUGGUUUUGAUUGACUUCAAGAAGGCAUUUCCGAGCGUGAUUCGGGAGCUUGUAUACCGCAUUCUGCGGCGUGCGGGCGUUCCGAGCACAGACGUGGAAUUUCUAGCGCACUUACACGACAAAGCAACGUUUUACAUCAUGGUGGACCGCGAGCCGUCUGAAGAGUGGAAAGCAACGCGCGGGAUGAAAGAAGGAGGCCCAUCCAGCCCCGACGGCUACGGAAUCUUGAGCGAGAUUAUGUAUCGGGAGCUGGCGCGCAGGCUAAACGGCAUAAAGUUAGCAACGACGGGCGAUUUUUUGUCGAAGCUUGCGGCGUUUACGGAUGAGCAGAACAUCAACCCCGCAGCGGUGCGCAAGGUGGUCGCCUUGCUUUUUGCAGAUGAUGCAACGCUUCCGACGACACUACGGGAGGCGCCAAUGGUUGAGAGCACGAUCAAGGACGUGGCGACUACUUUCGGCCAGGAGGUGCACCCGGACAAGACGGAGCGGCUUCUACUACAGGGACCACACUUCCACUACCCCGGCCCAAAACAAAAGGAUGGGACGCCACCAGUACCACCCGGAUUCGAGGAAAAAGUAAAAAUUGUAGGAUGCGAACUGUCCACGUACCACAGUGCAGGAGUGUGCCUCGAGCGGCACUUGAAGAAGGCACGCGGAGCGUGGGCGGAGUGGAGACCGAUUCUACUACGGGCGCGCGGACGGAUCAACUACUACAAGCGAGGCAGCCUGAUCAAGUCCAAUGUGCUUUCGCAUGUCUACUACAACGCGGCAGUGCGGCUGUGGAACGAGCGCAGUUAUCAGGAAAUAAAUGUCCUCAUCAAUAAGAUGCUGCGAACCAUCACAGGCACUGCGAUUCCGGGAAUGGUUGGGGUGGCAAACAACUACACACUACGGAGAAGGUUCGGCAUUCAAAGUGCGCGAACAGCGAUCGAGAGGAUCACUAUCGACUACCUGGGGCACAAACUCCGGAUGGGAAGAGACGAGCCAGGCGAAGGCCUAGAAAAGGGAAACACGUACCGCGCUCGCUUCCCGGACGGGCGCACCGACCACCACCUGAUCUACGGCAGAUUGAUCACGAUUUCGGCGGGUGCGCAAGGCAACAGGCGGAUGCAGCGCAGAACGCUAGCGAAGCAGUGGCUAGAAGUCAUGGGGCGCGCACAACUCCGACCUGACAUGACACGGAAGCAGUGGAACGAGGCGGCUACGCUCUACAUUCGCAAGAUUGAAGAGCAAGAGCGCCUGGCAGCGUACGCGGCGGACGGCGCCGGAAACGUCGAGAAGCGGCGCGACGAACUGCUUGCCGGCCAUGGUGUCAACGCUGGCGCCAGCGAGAUACGGCUGCGGAAGAACGUGCACGAGGAGGGCGAGCUGAUCGCCAGCCACAGCGUGAUCUCGCAGUACCAGUGCCCGCACUGUCUUGUGCGUUUUCCAGACGGCGGCAGCGGCUUCAAGUCGCACAAGACUAAGUGUGGGAAGGUCGAUUAUAGUGAUGUUAAUUUUGACGAUGUUGUUUGUAUUCGAACUUACGCAGCAGGACGCACGCAGUUGCCAUGGGGCAAUCGUUGGCAUUGUAAGAAGUGCGGCACUACUGGCACUGAAGGUAAGGCCACUAGCGGGCAGGGGGUCAAGUGUGCAUUGAAAUUGACGCUGCAUGCACAGACAUGCGACCCCGCCCAGAAGAAGGGGCGUAGGCAGGACGAGGUCCUGCAGUAUCUGGCUGAUCUGCAGGCGUUUGAUGCUCUCAACCCCUUGGUCAAUUAAGUUCGAUCUAUGUUGAUUUCUGUGUUCUGUUUGUCUCUCUCUCCGAUCAACCGUAGUGCGUGUGUUGGUGACUAAUGAAGAUGUUGAUUUUUGUGCGCCGAAAAGUAAGCAAGUUCUGACGCGUGGCGCACACACCCACGCUCGUAGUGGCGCACAUACCCACUACGGCUACACAGUGGCGCACACACCCACUCCCUGUAGCCUGUCCAGGUUUCUGCCCUUUGUUUGUUUCUCUCGUUUGCACUGGCAAAAGUUUUAACCUGCUGCUUUGCUUUAUUUGUGCUGUAACAUUUUGCAUUCCCUCCUACGCUUUAGUCAGAUUUCCGUUUGUGCAGCUUUUUGAAAAAACUUGUUUUGUAUCUGGACGCACGGUGGUACGACAAAAAAAUUUGUCUUUGUGCCAAGGCAAAAAAAAGAUGCAGCGUCGUGUUGAGCGCAUCGAAAAAGAGCGCUGCCUGAUGGUGCAGUUCAACCACCCGGAGAUCCGCUGGCCGCGGAAAGACAACUCCCCCAACGGCGACUUCCUGCAGAACUUCGACAAGGAGCAGAAGAAGACGUUCUUGCGUCUGAUGGGUACUCAUUUCCAGGGUGCCCAGCCGUCGGCCAAGCAGAUGGAGUACCAGACCAAGGACGACGGUACCACCGAGCUCAAGGAGCUCCAGGACGACUGGACCGACGCCCAGAAAGCCGAUUUCGCCGCCAAGAAGGAUGCUUUUGUGGACUUGUGGCGUUCGAUCUCGGACGCCCCGGAACUGGUUGAGUACAUCAACUGGAAGAACAACAACUGGAUCCAGAUCGUGUUUCACCUCGGCGAGCACCACAGCAAGGUGAUGGAUCUGGCCCGUGUCGUCGACAACAAUCCCUUCCGCAAGUACUUCAGUCGUAGUCUGAAGUUGAAACCGAUGCAGAUGGGCAAGCCGAAGGAAUACGACAACGGUGGCCAUGCCAAUGGUAACGGCAACGUGAAAAAGAAGGGCGGCAAGAAGGGCAAGGGCAAGGGCAAGGGCGGCAAGAAGGGCAACGGAGGGAAGCAGCAGUAGUGGCACCGUCUUUCGACUUGUGUCACAACGCCAGUGCUGUUCUUCAUCAUCAUCUACGCCUUCACCGACACACACAACCACGCGAUAACGACGCACAGCAAGCACGACAGUCCUGUGCGAGCCUACUCUGGGGCUCAUGUUUGAAGAAGAUGAUGCGUGAUGAAAGACACGCAUGAGCUUUAGUAGUGCACUCCAUUCACGUUCUGGAAAAAUGGAAAAAACACUGAUGGUGCUGCCUGGCACCACUUCAGCCAGGAGCACGAGCUGCUUGACACCUCCAGUCAAGAGCUAAGUACGAUCGACAGACGAUCUCUGACAAACGUGCCUCGCACGGUAAACAGACUGUAAGUGUGCAAAUCAAAUCAAAUCAAAUCAAAUCAGAGACCUCGCAGAGUCUGUCAUGCUAGGUCCCGCAUUCCAGACCUCAGGGGUCAUGCAAAAUCUGCAUGACAAGUUUACACUCUUCCAGACCCAGACAUUUUUGCACUUGAUAAAAAGCACAUGGACGCAAUGAUGGCCGGGGUCUCGACCGGUGUGACGUUGCUGGUCACGAACGUGGUGCAGGACGACAGUAUGACAGGAGCUGCUUCGAGAACAAGUGAUGUGGCCAACAAGUUCCAAAAGAAAGCUUUCGAUGCCUUUCUCGGCGGCUUUGUUUCCCUGGUGUGGGGGAAGAUGGUCGCGACGGAGGCCUACAAGUCGUUAAUGAACAUUCUUGACAUAUCCUGAGUAAAAGCGUCCCCACACCAUACAUUGUUGUCAAGCAGAUUUGCAGUCACAGGAAGAUUUGUAAUGCGCAUCCCCAUGAGAGGCAUUUCCAAUCGUGUUCUGGAAUUUGUGAUGCUGUAAACAGGAUCAGCAGGUGGAUUUGUGAUGCUGUUGUCCUUGCUAACAUGCACUACUACACUACGGAGUGCAAUUUGUCACACGUCCGUGGCUCCCAAAACUCUUGGAUUUGUGUUGCUAAAAGUUCCCAACUUGACUCUGGGGUCGUGGGGACGUUUUCACAUAUGAUAUGACAAGGCGCAAGCAGCAAGGCAUACCGGCGAGGAGAAGUUGAGAGCUGCGAUUGCAGGCCAGGAGGCCCUGGAGAGAGACUGCCCCAUGGUAAACAAUGUGAUGCUGCAGCAAAUGGGUCUGUCGCAGGAGGUUUCGGUGCGAACCCAGGCGUUGCAGCAGUGGGAAGAACACAUCUUAAAUCCUAUCCUUUGUAAAAACGUCCCCACCCCAGAGUUGUAAUGCAAAUGCGCAAUGACAGGAACAUUUGCAAUGCGCAUCCCCAUGAGAGGUAUUUCCACUCGUUGUUUGGCAUUUGUAAUGCUGUAAACAGGAUGAGAAAUUGGCUUUCUCAUGCGGCUUGCCUUGCUAUGCACCACUAUACUACAGACGGAAACUUGUCAUGCACAACUCCCAAAGCUUGCCGAUUUGUCUAGCAGAUUUCCCAUCUUGACUCUGGUGUGGGGACGUUUUUACUCAGGAUAAAUCCCGCUCGCGAGAUCAUUCACGAGGGGACAACCCAGUUUGUCAAGACGCUGUACCCGACCGGCGUUGCCAUCCCGGGCAUGAUAUGAAGUGCAAAUAUGUCUGGGUCUGGACACCUGUGAUGCUGAGUUGCGCAUGAUUGAAGCGCUUGCAAUGACAGCCAGGCAUGACAAGCUUUUCAGAGGCCUGUUGAUGCCUAGCACGCAUUACAAAUCGCGUUUUUGCAUGACAAAGGAAGCUUUUCUUUUGCUGCUCAUGCAACACAGAUUUUCCACGAAUACAAGAUACGCAUUACAAGAUCCACUCUUCCAGACCCUGACAGAUUUGCACUUCAUACGUGACUGCCCAAGAGACGAAGCAGAAGGUGGACGAACUCAUCAACCAGAUGAAGCACGCGGUGCUGGCAAAACUGGAGCUCAAUGUGAACGAGGAAGUGAGUAACCGUUUCCCACUUCAACGAGAUCUUCCAUCGAACAACGUGUUUAAGACGGCAGAGCAAGUCGAGGACUGGCACGCAGAGAACCCGGGGUUUUUGCAAGGCAGUUUGGACACGGCCCUGGCCACUAUGCCGACCCCGGUGUCAAAAUUGUUGUCGACACGGGAAGACUUCCGCGUCACCGAGGCGCUGCAACAGCUCUCGAGUUUUGUGUCCGGCGAUGAUGCAGGCGAGGAAGAACGGUCCUGCGGGGAGUCGAUGCUGCUGAUUUUCGACUGGAUGGGCAAGAAGCUUCCGGAGGGGGAGAAUGGCAAAUGCAACCCGGUGGUGGAAGCGAUGCGAAGUACGGUCGACUACAUGAAAGACAGCCACCUGCUGGGAGUUGUGAAAAUCACAUAUACCUUUUCCCUCUUCUCCAAGCGGUCGCGGCAAUUACUGUACGUUCUGGAAGAAGACAAAGCGGCGAAACUGGUGUUCGACCAACAAGACCAUGUGACCGAGCACCAACACAAGACCGGCAUCCGGCAGGACGGCACAGAGAUGAAGCUCUCAGCCUGGGACUCGUGGCUCUUAUCUAUCAAAAUGAAAAAAGCCCCCACCCCAUAUCGAAUGGGAAAUCUGUGAUGCAGGAUUUGUGUACACAAAUGCGCGCUAUCUUGCAAUACGGAAUCGCAGCCAGAUCCGCACCCUAGAGAGGGACGUUUGGGUCUAGGCCUACGGCUGUCCUCUAGGCCCAACAGCAUGCCAAAGCGCUUCCAUAAUGGCGCGGAAGCCUCUGCAUUUGUCUUCUUGCAAGACAGACGUGAUUUGUGGUCUCAAAUCAGCAAGACAAAUUUUCGGAAGCGUACCUGUUCGAUAUGGGGAGGGGGGUUUUUUCCUCUCAAUACUAUCGACCGUGAACCCACACACGAGUAAUUUGCAGGUGCUAACCAAGAAGGAUGGUAGUGGAACGCAGUACAUCCCGACCGCGUUCAAACUGGAAUAUGCGUACUCCCAGCUGAAGAGGACUGUGUUUUACUUGAACACGAUGCAGACUUGGAUGUUUGGAUCCGAAACGAACCACUUUGACACGAAAAAAAUGCUGCGGGACCGCAUGCGCGCCAGCGGCAAGGAUGUCGAGGAAGAUGAGUCCGGUGACUUUAUCCUAUGUAAAAACGUCCCCACCCCAGAGUUGUCAUGCAGAUCUGCACGGUAAAAAUGCUUCUCAUGCGGAGUCCCAUGAGAGGCAUUUUUUAGUGGUCUUUGGCAAUUUGUUAUGCUCCAAUCGGCAUGAUGUGCUACAUCUGUGCUGCGGCUUAACUAGCUAAGUAAACAGGAUUACACUAUGGCGCCAGAUUUGUCAUGCAGAACUCAAAAAACUUUGGGAUUUGUGUUGCAGACUUCUCAUCUUGACUAUGGUGUGGGGAUGUUUUUGCACAGGAUAGACUUGAUUGUGAAAGACGAAAACAUGUUCGUCGCCUGGAAGUCGAUCGUGAGAGGCUUGGAAAAUAUCCAGCAAAAAAACUGUGCAAGUGUACCUUUGUAGGAAAAACAGCAACACAAGUUCGCUUUGCAUUACAGGGAAAAGAACCUGUCAUGCGCAGCUAGUACGUGGAAACACGUAUGAGAGUAGCCUAUGACACACAUCCAGCAUGACAAGUGUAACAGUUUUGCAUUUUCUGCAUCACAGACUUACACUCACAUAGUUUUUUGCUUGCAUAGAAAAGACCGCGGAGGAUACGGAAGAGAAGAUCAAGUCCAGAGAGUACCGGAACCGGAAGGGCUUAGCCGAUAUCAACGAUGCGGAUGAUUUCAUAGACUAUUUGGAACACCAUAUCGCAAGAAAAAACUGUUUCACUGUGAACUUGUGAUGCAGAGAACGAAACACCAAAGUGUUUGUCUUGCUACACCUGCAAUACCAUGGAUUUUUAAGCGUCUUUUCGCUUGGGAAACGCGCAUGGCAAAUUUUCAGUGUCAUGUGUAACAAACUUGUGAUGCAGAUCUUGCAAAACCAUCACAGUGAAACAGUUUUUUCGUGGGAUACACCACGUGGUGACGAAGAAGGCGAAGCAGUUCUUCUUCGAAGACUUGCUACUCCCCACGGACUCCGAGUGGCACGGGCAACUGUAUCAAAUGCAAAUAUGUCUGGGUCUGGAACAAUCCGAACUUGUGAUGCUGCAUUUGGAUUCUAAAAAAAUCUGUAUUGCAUGAGCAGCAAAAGGAAUGCAAUUCUUGCUACGCGGAGAGUGCAUUUGUCAUGCGGAAUAGGCAUCAAGAGGCCCUCAAGAAAUCUGUGAUGCUAGGGCAUGCAUCACAGACGUCAUGGCUCAUGCAAAACGUGCAUGACAAGUCUCAGAAUCUUCCAGACUCAGAUGACAUAUUUGCAAUGCAUAAACUGGUGAUCCCGACGAAAUCCGGGGUCCAUUUGCUCAACGUCAUGAUUAUGCGCACCGUGAUGAACAGUGUGGUGGCCGAGAUUCUCCACAGGUGGAUGGACCUCAUCAAGGGCUCGCCGGCCGGCAUCUCCAGGCGCGAUGAACAAUACGCUUCGGUGGCCGGCCUGAGCCAGGCGACAGGUGGGUUCUUCACAGAAGAACUGGUGAACAAAGUUUUCACCCACGUGAAUCGCGAGUUGCGGGAAAACGCAAAGUGGGAAUAUUUCCGGUCGGACUCCUUUAAGCGGUACGUCGCGGACCCCAUGGAGAAGGUGGAGCGAGUGCGGCGCAGCAUCGUCGCGUUCGUGCAGCGCAACGCGAAGCCUAUCCUGAGCAAAAAACGUCAACACCCCGUAUUCAAGGUGGGAAACCUGCUAGACAAAUCAGCAAGCUUUGGUUGUUGCGCAUGACAAAUUUAGACUCGCGCUUUACUUUGUCGUCUUUAGCCAGUGCAGCAACAUCACAGAUCUCGCAUAUCAUGCCGAUUUGAGCAUCACAAAUCUCAAAGCACCAAAAGCAAAUGCUUCUCAUGGGUCUCCGCAUGAGAACAAACGUUUCUGGCAUGCAAACUUGCAUCACAACUCUGGGAUGGGAGCGUUUUUGCUCAGGAUACAGCCACUGCAAACGUUACCCCCGCAGCAGACCGCGAUCAAAGUGUCCUACUCGCUCGACCUGACGCGAAACAAAUUGCUGCAGGAGGAGGCGUUUAAGGGGUUCGCGAUCACCUUCGCGGCGAUUUUGCAGGAGAACAGCACGAAGGACAAGGAGCUAGCCCUCUUCGGGCCGGAGUACAAGGACCACCCCUUGCAGAUCUUCUUCCGCUUGGUGUGUGGCUUCGCGGGAAUGGAUAAUUUUCCCCAGAUGAUGGCCGGGUUCUUCGGUGGUGUUACUGCGGCUGCCCAAGCGGCGGGAGUUGGAGCGGCAGGAGGUCCGGAGCCGUAUUCGGCAGAGCGGGACGUGUUCGGGUGAAGAAGUAAAUCUUCAGGAACAGCUAAGCAGACCAUAAGCGUCGUGGGGCCCAGGACCACGUGUACAAGACACGUGAGUAAACACGUUUUAGUACCCUGCUCUACCACGGCUUCAUAUUACUUAACUCGAUUUUAUGCAAUAAACAUCCAAUGACAAAAACCAAAAUAUCGUGAAAAGUUCAAUACCAGCAGCAGCUGAGGUCCGUAUCCUUAGCUUGACCUGCGAAGUUACCUACAAGGUCAACCAAAAGAAAAAAUGAAAAAAAGUGUCGCGCUUUGAUAAUUUCGACAAAAUUUUUUCCCCAAGCUUUUCCACCCCUCAGCUUAGUGUAGAAUUCGGUGAGAUUCUAACGCGCUAGAGAAUCACCACCAUAGAUGUAGAAUGCAAGGCUACAUGUUGAUACAAAAAAUGUAGAAGAGUUUUAGCAUGAGGAUAAGCAGUCACGCACGCCUACUAUACUCAAUCAACGAUUUAUUUGAACCGAAGAGACGACUUUGACUCAUCGGUCCGAUCGCGGGCAGCUCCCAACACAGCGAUUCAUAUUCACCCAUUGCCGCUUUUGCUUUUUGAGCGAGAUUUAUACAAAAGUUAUGUCGCAGAGUAUUUCCACAGAAGAUGUCUAUGGGAAGCCGUUUUCCCCGGGCGUUUUCUUGGCAUGACCACAAGGACGAGAACAGAAAGCAGUGGUGACGGGACGUAAGUACAACAACUACGCAUGUCGAGUACAACGCAUACCACAUUUGCUGCACGCCGCGAACUCACAACAGAAGAGGGAAUAUAGUGCCCGUCUUUUCAAACAUCAUGAUAUAGUUCGAUCUGAUUGCCAGAAAGAAAGUCACCCGUCCUUUUUCGCCUUCAAUGAACUUCUGAGCAACUACCGCAGGCAUAAAUAAUGACAACAUCAUAGAAGUAUUUGUAGGAGGAUGAUGCGGAGGCUUCGACACAUCUAGCGCUUUAGCAGAAAUGGAAGAUACUUGCAACGAUUGUUGCACCGAAUUUUCAUACACAACUCGAUGUAGUUUUUGCCAUGAUGAAAGAACGCGCAUGAGAAAGAUGCUUUUUCAGGAGCCCAAGAAGCAAGAAGCACACGGACAGUCAGAGAAGCUUUAAAUCUGCUCGCAGAAGAUGCAGAAGCACUCGCCACCUGGCGUUGGCCCAUUACGGCCCCUGAUGUUAUGCUAGUACUACUUAUGAGAGCACUCCGGACCGCGUGUUUCGUGAAAAAAGCACAAAAAGAU